AUGGCCGGACGUUCAAUCUUGGCGGAUGUUUUCGUCCCGACUUUGCUACUCGUGGCGUUUUUCUCUCAGCUGGUGAACACUCGCGCAGUUCCCGUGUCUCUUCUUGCGUCGCAAUUGAAAUCAAGAGGCACAAACGGCACGCUCGUGGAGCGCAUGUUCGGGCUGGACGGCACGUCUGAAAUCUCCGGCGUGACAAUUCUCCUCCCGCAGCCCGUGUACGCCUUCAUGUCGGCAGCUGCUAACUACCCUUAUUACGACAAUUCGACGCGAAAGUUCAGCAAGGCGAUAUUCGAUGCCCUCUUUACCAUGACUCUCGCGGAACGUUCCAGCACGGAGUGGCCUAUGGCGCGGAACGACCCUGCUGUUGUGAAAGCGAUGAUUGACAUCUGGAAGUUUCAAGUUAUCAAGGAAUACAUACCACCCAGCGUUGCGACAGCCAAGUACGUAUCAGGAGGGCCGUGGGAGCUACCUACCAUGCAAGGACAGCCCCUUUGGAUGUCGUACAUUUCUACUACUAGUAGUAGUUCUCCUUUGGGCAUGUACUAUUCAAGCGGAUCCACUUCUGCCAGUGGCACGUGGAACAUCUCGGGCACGUCUCCUCAGCAGCACGCGGCCAGCCCUCCACCACCCCCAAAUCCCCUCAUCCCGGGCGACUACCGUAUGAUUGAUGGGAGCCCGUUGGCGUUCACGGAGGAAGACGCUGGGGACCUCUUGGUGGAUAUUCCUGAAAGCGAGGUCGCGGUGUAUAUGAGUGCGAGAGUUCUUUUCCCUUAUAAUAUGGAUGCUAUUGGCGCGUAUGCAGGCAAAACCACUGCUUCCAUUCUUCACAUGCUUGCCUCUGUUGGCCUUGCUCUCUUUGCCCUCUUGCUGGUGUAA